AUGCAUCUGCGAAGUGAUCGAGAUACAGAAAACGACCCGGAAUACAGUUCACGCAACAAAGGAAAAAAGCCAGCCACUACGGCAGCAGCUGAGAAACGAGAGUUCUCACCUGGGAACGCCCACAGCAGCGAGUCGAGCUACAAAGGGAGUGACCAUACCAAAGUCACGGACAGCGUUGACGAGCUUGGUGCGCUGAAUCAUAGUGAAGAUGUUCAGGCGGAGGCUCCGAACAGCGGCGACGAGGGCAAUGAACCAAACUCUAACGAAGAUGAUGAGUCGGAGGGCCCAAACGGCGACGAAGAGGGUAGCGAGCCGAACUCUAAAGAUAAACAGCCUGAGGUUCCCAACGCCGACGAUGAGGGCCCUGAGUCCAACGCCAAUGAAGAUGACCCGACAGAGGGUCCGGCACGUAAGGCCUUGCGAGAAUGGGCAGAGUCUCAAACUGCUUCACACGCCGCAUUUUUGCAAGCCCUUACAGAGGAACUGAACACCCCAACCGAUGGAGAGCACCAGGGGGCUUUCAUUGACAGCAUGAUAAAGCAACUCUUUGCGCUGACCAAGGUCCACCGGAACAUGACAGCCCAGCUGGUUGACCUUAUGAAGUCCAAACCAGCUUACCAGCACCCCCAGAAACAAAAGCGGCGACAGGACACGCAGAAGAUGAUCCAGACUUAUUGGGAAAGGGUCGAGCGGCAAUGGGGCCCAGAGAUCACGGUAUUCUUGCAGAAAAUUGCGAAAAAUGCCGAUUUUGUGAACUGUUGCCAGAUGAUGUGUCGAAAGGACGCGGACUUCAGCAACUGGGUCAAGCGACUCAACCGAGAAGUGUACAAAAGGGCUUCUGGCAGAGGCGGGGUGCGGAACCCCCGUCUUCAUUGGAAUGCCUGCGACUUCGAGAGGGUGCUGAAAGCAUUAGAUGAGCCCAUCAUAUCCUUGACGCCAGAUGAGCUGCGGGAAAUUGGGGCCGUCCUCAGUCCUAACGGGAUCAUUAUGCCGGAGACUUUGGCUGCUGCAAGCCCAGAAGUACCCUCUCAUCAGGCUGAUCCUCAAGAGGAGAGCUCAGGCGAGAGACAGAGAAGCGGUCCAGAGUCACAGACUGAUUACAACGCAUAUGGCUUCGGGGAAAGCUUUCCAACCGACCAGGAAGGUCUCGAUAUGGAAGGCCAUCUAUCCGCGCAAGAAAUGCUCGACUACCUGAGUAACUCGAAUAUAGAUCUGAACCAGCUCUUCAAUAAUUAUGAUGAUAUACUUGGGCAGGUCUGGGCCCAGUAUGAUGCAGGAGAACCACACACCGGCGCUUCAUAA